AUGCUUGAGAAGCCACCAACUGGCCUUCCCCAGCCCAAGCCCCCGGCCGAGGUCACAGCCACCAGCAGCUGGGAAGGAGCCUCAGACCCGGAGCCGGCGGGGUCGAGUGGCUCGGUGGAAUAUUACUCGGCCCUGAACAACGACGAAGCUCUGGCGUGGGCUACAGCAGCUCGCCACGACAGCGGGCUGGCGAGGCGCCAGCCGCACACCUUUGCCCUCGGCCGGCCACCGCAGAGCCAGAGGUCGGCCAGCCGCCAGGUCCUGGAGGACACGUGUCGCCGGCAGGACUUCAACCCCAGCGAGUACGACCUGAACUGCGGCGUGUGGGGAGGUCGGGCCUGGCCGUGGCCGAGUGCGUGCUGCCAACCUGGGCCCGGCCGGCCCUGGCCCUGCCUCCAGUGGCAAGCCGGUGCCCUUCUUGCUGGCCAUGGGCGCCAGUGGGCCUGGGCGGGCCGGCCGCCGCGGUCGCUGAGGCCGUCUUCCCCCAGGGAGCGCCUGGAGCGGCCGUGCGGGGCCCAACCGGUCUGCGUGUACAUGAGGGACGAGGUGGCCGGAAGAGCAGCCUUGCAGGGCACGACGCUGCACUCCCUGGGCCUCACUGGGGGCAGCGCCAUCAUCAGGUUCGCCAUGAAGCAAGACUCGGCGGGCGAGCCGGAGCCCGGCGUCUCCCAGAGCAAGGCCCCAGGAAGCCCGGCCAGGGACCCGCCGGCCGAGCAGGCCCCUGGUGGCCCCAACCAGGGUGACCAGGGCUGUGAGGAGGCCCCGGGCACCGCGGGGGGCGGCCCCUUGCAGGGCCCAGGCCCCGAGCCCACGGGGGUACAGGUGGCCCGAGCCCCGCCGACUGCCUUCGUGCCGUUCUCAGGAGGGGGACAGCGUCUGGGGGGCCCCUUGGCACCUGUGGGGCCUCCCACACCCCCCGCAUCUGGCUCGGCCUCGCCCCCAGGGUCCUCCUCCAGCCCCGGGGGUCCUUCCAAGCCCAAGAAGCCGAAACCAGGCCAGGAGCCUCGCGCGCUGGAGCCGCCCGUGGAGCGGGACCCCGUGGUGUGCCACCCCGACCUGGAGGAGCUGCCCCAGGUCCGGCCCGCAGAGCUGCCCGACGAGUUCUUCGAGGUGACUGUGGACGACGUGAGGAGACGCCUGGCCCAGCUCAAGAGUGAGCGGAAGCGCCUGGAGGAGGCCCCCUUGGUGACCCAGGCCCUCAGGGAGGCGCAGCUGAAGGCGAAGCUGGAGCGCUACCCCAAGGUGGCCCUCAGGGUCCUGUUCCCUGACCGCUACAUCCUUCAGGGCUUCUUCCGCCCCAGCGAGACAGUGGGGGCCUUGCGGGACUUUGUGCGAAGCCACCUGGGGAGGCCCGACCUGCCGUUCUACCUGUUCAUCGCGCCACCGAAGACCAUCCUGGACGACCACAGCCUGACGCUCUUCCAGGCGAACCUCUUCCCCGCCGCCCUGGUGCACUUCGGAGCCGAGGAGCCCGCAGGCCUCUACCUGGCGCCCAGGCUGCUGGAGCACUCGGUGUCCCCCUCCGUGGCCGACGUGCUGGUGGCCAGGUGUAUGUCCAGAGCUGCCCAGACCCCACCCCCGCCACUGGCCCCUGAGGCCACACCCCUGCAGCAGGAGCCCCCCGAGCAACCCCCCGGGCUGGCCCAGCCUCCAAAGCGGGACCUGGGCAAGGUGCCUAAGUGGCUGAAGCUGCCAGCCAGCCGGAGGGACGCGCCCUGCCAAGGACCCCAGUGCGCAGGGCCGGACGCGUGACCGGUG